AUGACAGAUCAAAGACCCAUUAUUCUUUGGGCCCACGCAAGGUCUCUUUCUACAGUUUUUGAAAGACCGUUUCUUCAACGUCCUCAAGAAUUCCAUGUUAUUCAUGAACCAUUUGUUCCAAUUGGUCACGCUUACAUGACCAAAAACUUUGAAUUUUUGAAUAGAAUUCCAUCACCUAAACCUAAUGAUCCGAUCACCUUCGUGCAUCAUUUCUCACCUACUCUUAAUGAAAUUCUUGCUCCUCAUUAUUAUAAUGAAGAUAAAACGCAUGUUUUAAGAGUUUUUGUAAAAGAUCUUGCAACAAUCUUUUUACACGCAUCAGAAGGAAAUCCAUUGCGAUCCAAAGAAAUUCUUUCAAAAUUUAAACAUACAUUCUUAAUUAGAGAUCCAGAAAAAUCUGUAAAAUCUUAUUACAAAGCUGCAAAUGCUACAUAUCAAGUUUGGGAUAAAGCCGGCGUGCCUAAUUUUGAAAGAGUUGAACUUUUUUCCUCUGACAAAAUUGGGCUCAAAGAAUCAAGGAAUCUUUAUGAUUUAAUUAAGAACGUAACUAGAGAGGAGAUUGCAAUAGUGGACGCUGAUGAUUUAAUUCGAGAACCUGAGAAAAUUUUAAGAAAAUAUUGUGAGAUGGUCAAUGUAGAGUUUAAGAAAGAAAUGCUUGAAUGGAAGGCAGAAAGAGUGGAAAUAUGGGAUAAAAAUAUGUCCGGCCUACAUUACGUUCCAGAUUUAAAUUAUUUGUGGCAUAAGAACGCAAUGCAAAGCACGGGAUUUGACAAAGCAGUAAAUAAUAAUGAGGAAAUUGAAUACCCUCAAUAUGUUUAUGAUAUAAUUAACGAAAAUAAACCUUAUUACGAAUAUUUGUUUCAACAUAAAAUUAAAGUUUAG